AUGAAGGGGGAGAGAGAGAGAGAGGCUGUGAGGAGAAGACGGGGGGACUUAGUUGAAAUGCGCAGCGCAUUCUUGCUUGGAGGACGAAACGAUCAGGGGGUGCAGAGGCAUUGGCUCGAAAUAAUCACCGAGACAGAAGAUCUGCUUCUGCUUUUUCUAAAAAAAAAAAAAAUCUCUGCUGCAAAAAACAAGCCAAAAACAUUGGUCCACUGUUAGUCUGCGACAAAUAUAUAUAUAUAUUUUUAUUUCCCCUUAUUUUCCUCAAGUUGUGUCGCCUGGAAGCGCCGAGGAGGACUCCUAUUCCGUCACAGCCCGGAGAGGGUGAAUUCGUCUCCAGCGCACAGGAGCUGCACUGGGAGCAUGUGGAGUACAUGGUGAGAUAUAUUCGAAAAGGAGGAACCAGAACUGCAUUGUAUAGGGGUGAAAACAGCGGCUCUGCGGAGUAGGAGGUGGUGCAAGUGGGGACCGACGGAAACGAGUCUGCUGGGAUCGUGCGGCGUGUGUCGGCUCAUGCAAAUCCCGAGGUGAACUGGCAUCCCGCUGUGUGGUGUCUGUGCAGCUGCAGCAACUCUGGAAAUUACUGAAGCCCAAAAUGUCUGCUGGUAAAAUCAACUUUCUGACCUUCACCCUUCUCCUACUUAUGCCUUCGGCUUCGGGGCAACAGAUCCCCUCUGACUGUGUCAUCAAGAGGGAGCAGGAGAAAUGUAUGGAGAUGAUGGCUCUGGAAGAUUCGGACUCUGAAUUUGACUGUCUGUGGUUUUGGGACAAUCUGACGUGUUGGCAGCCGGCCAAGGUCGGGGACAUGAUCCAGGUCAACUGUCCAGAACUCUUCUCUCAGUACAUGAGCGAGGAAGAUUACACGUUGAGGAAGGUGAGUCGUAACUGCACCGAGUUUGGCUGGUCAGAGAUCUUCCCACAUUAUAUUGAUGCCUGCAUGUACGAGGAAAGAAACAGCAGCCGCCCUGACGAUUUUUAUGUGUCAGUGAAGGCUCUGUACACAGUGGGCUACAGCACCUCUCUGGUGUCUCUCACCACAGCUAUGGUCAUCCUGUGCAGAUUCAGGAAGCUUCACUGCACCAGAAACUUCAUCCACAUGAACCUCUUUGUGUCGUUCAUCCUGAGGGCCAUUUCUGUCUUCAUCAAAGACAGCGUGCUUUAUGCAGAGGAGGACAGCGAUCACUGCUUCAUACACAUUCUGGAGUGUCGAGCUGUGAUGAUAUUCUUCCACUACUGCGUCCUCUCCAACUACUUCUGGCUCUUCAUCGAGGGUCUGUACCUCUUCACUUUGCUGGUGGAGACCUUCUUCCCUGAGAAGAGAUACUUCUACUGGUACAUCGUCAUCGGCUGGGGAACACCGACGGUGUGUGUGACUAUCUGGGUGGUCCUGAGGCUGCAGUAUGAUGACAUAGGAUGUUGGGACAUGAACGACAACGCUGCCAUCUGGUGGGUGAUAAAGGGACCCGUUCUGGCUUCGAUUAUGAUCAACUUUGUGCUCUUUAUUGGUAUCAUUGUGAUCCUCGUCCAGAAGCUGCAGUCCCCAGAUAUCGGUGGGAAUGAGUCCAGCAUUUACCUGAGGUUGGCUCGUUCCACCCUGCUGCUGAUCCCCCUCUUUGGGAUCCACUACACCGUGUUCGCCUUCUCCCCAGAAAACGUCAGCAAGAGAGAACGCCUUGUCUUUGAGCUUGGUCUCGGAUCUUUUCAGGGCUUUGUGGUGGCUGUCCUCUACUGCUUCUUGAAUGGAGAGUAUAUCCCUCAAGGUGCAAUCGGAGAUCAAGAGGAAAUGGCGCAGCUGGACGGUGAACAGGUACUUUGCUGUGGACCUGAAGCACCGGCAUCCUUCGCUGGCGAGCAGUGGGGUGAACGGCGGGACGCAGCUGUCCAUCCUCAGCAAGAGCAGCUCGCAGAUCCGGAUGUCCAGCCUCCAGGCCGAGACCCCGGCCACCUGAGUGACACCCGUGGGGAUGCCUCGACCGGACCGGCCACCGCCAACCCCAACCCGGCCACCCUCGUCCCAAUGACCAACCUCGCCGACCCUUUCUUCAACACGGACCCUGAUGAAUCCAUCAUGGAAACCCACCUGAACUCCAGUGACCCCAAACAGCCUCUUGUGUGAACCUGAACGUGCCAAAUAAGGACUCGCCGAUCCGGGAGCAGCUGAUCCUGUUUCAGUCUGGACUCUGCUGUUUCCUGGCUGAAACGUUACGAAGUUUCAGCGUCUGUCUCUGCAUAUUGUGUUAGUUUUAAAAGUUGUCUGGUGCUGCUGAGCAACUUGACGUGGCUAGCUCAUUAGUUAGGCGCGUCCUCGAGUUGUUGAUUCCAGUCGGUCCAAAUGUCUCUCAGCAUUCCUGUUUAGGCCCUAGCUGCAGACAGACACUAAUGACCCAGCUGUAAAUACAUUACGAAAGCGGGAGAUUAUUGUUCUUUAUGCGUUCUCCUUGUUUUUCCUGCAAAAAAAAA